GUGUGUGUUGGUGUGUGUGUGUGUGUUUGUGAGAGAGAGAGAGAGAGAGAGAGCGUGUGUGGGGACAGAGAGAGACCUCCUGAAACACACUUUGACUCUUGUACAUGUUGAGAUGUGCUCUUAUAACGGAGAGAAAAAGAGGAAAUUGGCAUCUCUGUGGUCUCCUCUCCUGCUUCAUCGACUUUGUACCAUAGCACCACUAGAGGAGAACACAACAAGGUGAGAUGAGGGACCGGAUGUGUGAGCUGCAGACUUCCAACCCCAGGUCUGCAAAGGAGGAGCAAAGGGAUGAAGAGAACCACAGCCCUGAGGAUGAGGAGCCCCUGGAGCAACAUGCAAUCGUGUUUGAGGCGGAGGACCUAAUAGCCGGCAUCUACAAGGAGGCCCAGGCCAUGAGGAAGGAGAUGCUGCUGUGCAAAAUGGACGUGAAGCGUCUCGGGAAGCAGAACACCAGGUUCCUCACAUCCGUCAGGAGGAUAAGCAGCAUCAAGCGGGACUCCAACACUCUGGGCCGGGGCAUCAAGGCCCGAGGGGAGGCCAUUUACGCUCGGCUGGAGAAGAUGGGGAAGUUCAGCAAGCACCUUGAGGAGGAACACGGACCCACCUCAGCUAUAGCUCGCAUGGUGCGUUCGCAGUACGUGUCCCUGACCAACGACUUCCACGGCACCAUGUCCGAGUUCAACGAGGCCGAGAUGGAGCAGAGGGAGAACUGCAAGACGCGCAUCCAGAGGCAGGCGGAGAUCAUGGGCCAGGAGGUGAGCAGGGAGCAGAUAGACCAGAUGAUCGAGACGGGCAAGUGGAACGUCUUCUCUGACAACCUCCUCCUGGAGGGAAAAUCCGCCAGGUCGGCACUCAACGAGAUCGAGAACCGCCACAAGGAGCUCCUGGAGCUGGAGGGCCGCCUCAGGGAGAUUCAGGAGCUUUUCUUCCAGAUGGCCAUCCUGGUGGAGGAACAGGGCUACAUGGUGAACAACAUCGAGGCCAACGUCGGAGCGACUCAGGACUACGUCGUCAAGGCUUCGGCUCAGAUCAAGCAGGCUGUGAAAUACAAGAGAAACAAUCCGUGCAAGAAACUCUUCUGCUGUUGCUUCCCCUGCUGCAAAUGAGGCAACAUGAUUUAUUCAUCAAAGUCUUUAGUCUCGAUUAAAAUCCUAUAUAAUAUUUUGUUAUUUUACUCUGUGACACCAUUUUCAAGCAGCAGCGAUGUUAAAAUUUCACGUCAAUUAUUGUCUUUAUUGAGCCGGUUUCAAACCACAUAUUCAUAUGCAAACAGUGUUUAGUGAGAUAUGGUUUUACAUUUCCUGAUUGCUACUGAGUACAGCCUUUGCACGACAAGACAUCUCAGCUGUUAUUUUACUUUUACUCAGCCUUCUUUCCCUUUAGCUUUCUGCUUUGUAAGUUGUGUCGCAAGAUAUUUAAGUGAUUUCCAAUAUUAUUUACUUGUUAAUAAAUGUCUCCUAUAGCAGCUUGUUUUAACAGCCUGAAUGUAAAUCUAUUGCUGGAAAGUGGAACUCAAUGUAAACCAGUUUCUGUUUACAGCCAUUGCCUCGACCUAGAACACACAGCUGCUGAUUGUGGUUAGCAGGCGGAGGAAAGACAGAUUGGUGUGGAUUGUGUAAUACGUGUGUAGUUAUCACCAGCUACAGGCCGAGAGCUUUGGGCUUCUCAAGACUCAGUGAUGACACUGUCUGAGCUUCAAUCCCAAGUUUCCCUGUAGCUGUUGAUGAUCAUGACCUCUGAACCAAACAACUCAAUCAUAUUCACUUGUUUUCAUCUGUUUGUCUGUUAGUUAGUUGGUAAGUUUUACAGUUUAAGUUAACCUUUAACCUUCUAUCUCAUAUAUUUGUGGCUUCACGUCUGCACUGCUUUUUUAAUUAAUUUUGUCCAAAGAGAAGGUCUGCGUUUGUUUGUUUGCAGGAUUACGCACAGAGUACUCAACCUAUUGCCAUUACAUUGUAUGGAGGGGUGAAGCAGGACCCAAGGAAGAACCAUAUCAAUUCUGGUGUGGAUUUGGAUCAGGGUGUUGGAUCUUGGAAAUAUUUGUCUCUUUUUUAAACAUAUUAAGAUAGUGUAUUUUUUAAACAGUUUCAUAGAUUUCUCCGGGAAUAACUUGUUGAUCUUGAUGAAAAUGGUGAAAAAGGGGACUGAUAUUUAUGAGAUAGGCAAUUUGAUCCAGAUCCAAAUGAAACAAUGCAGAUCUGGUUUAUUUAAGUCUGGUUCCAUAAUGAGACCUGUUCAGGUUUCCCCUGAUUUUCCUUUGUGUGUACAUUCAGGCAGACCGACAACAGAAGAGAGAAAAGGAGAGCAGGACUUCAUGUUUGCACAGCCGGCCUUGUCCCGCUGUACCGUCAGUGUAAAGAUAGUGAAACUAAUGAGACCUUUGUGUUUUCUGUGUGACACAGAACCUGCAGUUAGUACCUGGUUAACUGAAGCUGUGACUGGGACCAUUUUACACAACAUGAGAGACACUGCUGCCUCUUCUCAGUGUUGCAAUGGGUGUGCAAUGAUUGCACUUCCUCAGCAGCAGUGUGGUUUGUGUGUGUGUGGGUGAGUGUGUGUGAGUGGGGGGCAUGUUAACAGCAGCAUGACUCGCUGUAUUUGCACUGUGGCGUCAUGGAUCUACCCAGGUAAACUAGUUAGUCAUGUGUCUGACUGAUCAUUCUGAUCCUUGUAUUCUAUCAUGAGUACAAACCAGGAUGGCCGAGUGGUUAAGGCGUUGGACUUAAGAUCCAAUGGACAAUAGUCCUCGUGGGUUCAAACCCCACUCCUGGUAACUGGUGUGCUUUUUACACUCCCCAUUGUCUUUCUAAUGAAAGACAAUUCAGGAGGUGAUUAGGAACAUCUGAAUACUCUGUACUCUUGCCGACUCUUACAGACUGUUUAAAAGGAUAGUUCACCGAAAUAUGUUUUAACCUAUUGUUUGCCGACAGAGGGGUGGGUGAAGUGUAAAAAACCUUUCCACAAAAACAUUUCGGAGUUUCAGCAGUAAACAGCAUUGCAGCAGGAUUUGAUACAGUUGAAGUAACUGGUGACCAAUUCUUCAAACAACAGAAAUGAACAUGAACUGCCUCCAUACUGGUCAUGUGGUGUCAUCCAAGUGUCUCUAAUCCCCGACAUUAAAAUUCCACUCGAAACGAA